AUGUCCAGCAACAUCCACCCUGUUACCCAGGCCCAAGUGGUCACCAUUACUGCCUCGGUGCCCCGUUUCGGCUUUCCACCUCGUAUCCCUCCCAUUCCUCCUUCUACCUCUCCCGCACCCACCGGACAGUUGCCCAAGCCGCCUCAGCUGUCUGCCAACCUGGACCUCAACCAGGCUAGCCGAGCGCUUGCUGAGAUCGUCGCCGAGUGCGGACUCAUUCCUGGUGCGACCGCCGCGGCGCAGUACCACAACGCCACACGCCCUGGCAUUGCACGACCAUACACUGAGGGCGAGCUGAUCUACCGGGAGCUCGUCGCUCUGGAGAACCUCGGUGCGAAAUACCACGCCUACCACCAGGAUACGCCAAACGCGCUCGCUCUACGGCUCCUUGCAUCGCGUGCUGGCCAUGGGUACCCCUUUGCUAAGAAACCUACCUGGGGCACCAACAGCAGGGGCAAGCGCGUCCUCGGUCGGAAGUGCGGAUGCCCCGGCUGCCCGUACCGGGACCGCGAUCGCAAGCGUCACACUGACGAGAAGCAUGUCAAGGACCCCGGUUUCGCCCUCUGUUGCCCCUACCACGGCUGCUGCGGCGUCUAUUUCGGCGGCAGCUUCAGAUUCUCGGAAAUGGAGCGCCACAUCGAGUCGCAUGAGCAGCGAAACAAGGGAGAGAAGAAGGGACGGAAGGGAAUUAUGCCUCUGUCCACCUACAGGAACGGCCGCCGGUAA